AUGCCGUCAGAUGGCACAUCCACGUGGUAUACUGCUACGGCAUCUCCAUCUUGCUCCAGCGGCUAUUCUUCUUCUGAAGAGGAAGAAGAAGAACGAGUAGAUAUCCCAGGCCUCGCCGACAUCCCGGAUUACAUACACCCCCGCCAUGUCAAGUCCUGGGCAGCGGAUAUGCGGCGGAGACUGGAGGCAUACAUUAGUGCUCUUAAAGCACCAAUAGUGGCACCAGAUGACGGUGAGGUUGAUCAGUGGAUAUAUGUCAACAUGAAACGAAGAAAGGUGCUUGAGUUGCAUACCAAGUUGUCGAAGGAUCAAAUAAAGAAGAUUGAUAGGAUCAUGUUCAAAAUUGAUCAGCCAUAUUUAAGGCUAUACAUGAGAAAUAUGGUUCUAGAAAUCGUCAAGAAACUAUUUCCCAAAGAGGCAAGCAAAGCACCUGUCUCUCGCCUCGUGGAGCUUUCGAAAGACAUCACGGACAAACAAUUCAUCAACGCCAAAGUCCCCUCAGUUUAUUGGGACAUAAUUCGAGAUCUGCCAGAGUAUGGGCAAAAGUACAUCCCUUUGCACAAGUCGUCUCCUCAUUUAGCAGUAUUGCUUAAACGACCAGGAAGGGGCCGUUUCUGUUCCCAGUACGAGAGACUUUUCAAGGUUGCUUACGGCCGCACCGUGGAUGAUACCGUCAAUGCAGUAAUCCACUACGUCGACUCGGAGGCAAACAUCGUACCUAUUGAUAUGCUUAUAGGUGGCUUUAAAAUGUUGAACUGGUGCAAGCUGUUUAAGGCUCUGUAG